AUGGCAGCAGAGCAUCCAGUGAAGGCCUUCGGAUGGGCUGCAAGAGACCCGUCCGGGCAUCUCUCCCCAUUCAACUUCUCAAGAAGGGCUACUGGGGAACAUGAUGUACAAUUCAAAGUGUUGUAUUGUGGGAUUUGUCAUUCAGAUCUUCACAUGAUCAAGAAUGAAUUUGGCUAUUCUCAAUAUCCUAUGGUGCCAGGACAUGAAAUCGUGGGAGUGGCGACUGAAGUUGGGAGCAAGGUGACCAAAGUGAAGGUGGGAGAUAAAGUAGGUGUGGGUUGUGUAGUAGAAUCGUGUCGCAGCUGUGAGAUGUGUACCCAAGACCUUGAAAAUUACUGUUCAAAUUUCACUAUGACAUUCAACAGCAAACACCCAGAUGGCAGCAUCACAUAUGGAGGUUACUCCGAUCUCAUGGUCUGCGAUGAGCAUUAUGUGCUCCGGUGGCCGGAGAACUUGCCACUUGAUGCCGGUGCUCCGCUUUUGUGUGCUGGGAUCACUACGUACAGUCCACUGAGACAUUUUGGAUUGGACAAACCUGGAACCCAUGUUGGUGUGGUUGGCCUUGGUGGGCUUGGCCAUGUUGCUGUCAAAUUUGCCAAGGCAUUUGGGGCUAAAGUGACGGUGAUCAGUACAUCUGAGAGUAAAAAGAAGGAAGCCCUUGAAAAGCUUGGUGCAGAUGCUUUCUUGGUUAGCACUGAUCCUGAGCAAAUGCAGGCUGCAGCUGGUACAAUGAAUGGAAUACUUGAUACUGUUUCUGCAGUGCAUCCUAUUAUGCCAUUGAUUAAUUUAGUGAAGUCCCAAGGGAAGGUUAUUAUGCUCGGUGCGCCUAAUAAACCAGUUGAGUUGCAUACCGUUGCACUUCUAAUGGGAAGGAAGAGUGUCACUGGAAAUGUUGAGGUCAUCAAGAUGGACUAUCUUAAUACUGCAAUGGAACGUCUCUCCAAAGGGGAUGUCCGAUACCGUUUUGUAAUCGACAGGACUUUAUCAAAGAUUAAGCAAGAGAAAUUACCAGUCGAAGCAUUUGGAUGGGCAGCUAGAGACUCAUCAGGCCAUCUCUCUCCAUUCAACUUCUCCAGGAGGGCCACUGGUGAGAAGGAUGUCCAAUUUAAGGUGUUGUAUUGUGGGAUUUGUCAUUCGGAUCUUGCCAUGAUUAAGAACGAAUGGGGAUUUGCUCAAUACCCUCUUGUCCCUGGCCAUGAAUUAGUGGGAGUGGUAACUGAAGUUGGGAGCAAGGUGACCAAAGUCAAGGUUGGUGACAAAGUCGGCGUUGGUUGCCUUGCGGAUUCAUGUCGCAGCUGCGACAUGUGUGCCCAAGACCUUGAAAACUACUGCCCCAGCCCUACAUUUUCUUAUGGCAGCCCUCAAUCUGACGGCACACUAACCUACGGUGGUUACUCCGAUAUCAUGGUUUGCGAUGAGCACUUCGUGCUUCGCUGGCCUGAAAAGUUGCCAAUUGAUGCUGGUGCUCCACUCUUAUGUGCUGGAAUUACUACUUACAGUCCUCUCAGACAUUUUGGAUUGGAUAAACCAGGAACUCAUGUUGGUGUGGUUGGCCUUGGUGGGCUCGGCCAUGUGGCUGUCAAAUUUGCCAAGGCAUUUGGGGCUAAAGUGACAGUGAUCAGUACUUCCGAGAGCAAAAAGGAGGAAGCCAUUGAAAAGCUUGGUGCUGAUGCUUUCUUGGUCAGCAAAGAUCCCGAGCAGAUGCAGGGUGCAGCUGGUACCAUGGAUGGGAUUAUUGACACUGUGUCUGCACCCCACCCAAUCAUGCCAUUGAUCAAUUUGGUGAAGACACAAGGGAAGGUUAUAUUGAUUGGUGUACCUGAAAAACCACUUGAGCUGCACUCUUUUGGGAUUAUAGCAGGAAGGAAGACUGUAUCUGGGAGCUAUAUUGGAGGCAUCAAGGAAACUCAAGAGAUGUUGGAUUUUGCAGCGGAGCACAAUGUAGUGCCUGAUGUUGAGCUCAUCAAGAUGGAUUAUGUCAACACUGCCAUGGAGCGCCUCGCAAGGAGCGAUGUCAGAUAUCGUUUUGUAAUUGACAUUGCGAAUUCAUUCUCUAAAUCCACUUGA